AUGCGUGUCUCACACAUCUUGCAUGCCUUGCCUUUGGCUUGCGGUGUGCUCGCUAUUCGCCGUCGCGACGAUGCCGAUUCGAUUGUCGCUACCAAGCAAUUCAUUAUCGAAGUCGAAAAGGGUACCGAUGUAGACGCCCUCUCUGCCAAGCUCUCAUCUAAUCGAGGGGCGAAGAUCGUGAAGACGUUCAAGUCAGAUGUCUUUACUGGUCUGACCAUCGAAUCAGAGACAGACAACAUCGACAGUCUGCAGCUAGACGCGGGAAUUUCCAAGGCUUGGACUGCGAACCAGAUUUGGCUUUCCCCGUAUGAACCGGUUGCUCAGUUUGAUAGCGAUAUCGCGGCCCUCAAUUACUCACAGCAUAAACACACUGGUGUUGACAAGGCACAUGAAGCUGGUAUCUUCGGAAAAGGUGCCAGGGUUGCUGUUAUCGACACUGGUGCUGACUACAAUCAUCCUGCCCUUGGGGGUGGUUUCGGUCCUGGAUUCAAAGCCGCUGGUGGAUGGGACUUUGUUGGCGACGAAGGAUGGCCUUCGCUUGGGGCCGUGAAGAAACCUGAUAAUGACCCGAUGGACUCUAAACAUCAUGGCACCCAUGUUGCUGGUAUUAUCGCUGGAAAAAGCGAGUGGUUCACCGGAGUGGCUCCCGAAGCAGAGCUUUACCUUUACAAAGUCUUUUCGCAACUUGGUAGUACUGAUGAUGCGACUCUGAUCGACGCUCUCAUCAGAGCGUACGAAGAAGGGGCCGAUGUGAUUACUGCUAGUAUUGGCGGCGCUGGUGGCUUCUCCGGUGGUCCCUGGGCGACGGUUGCAUCUCGAAUUGCAGAGCAGGGAGUGGUUGUCACCAUUUCUGCAGCUAACAGUGGCGUUGAAGGGCCCAUUUACGGGAGCAGUGGAGCAGCGGGCAAAGAGGUGCUUGCUAUUGCGUCCGGCGAGGCGGGCACUUGGCCCGGCAUGCCUUUUGAGUUGACCUUCAACCUGGGCGAUCAGAGCAAUACUACGCUGUCGGGAUAUCUCAGCAACUAUAACCCAUGGACCAUCAAGGAUUGGUCCAUCUUACCCCUCUCUUUCGACACGUCGGACCCUGCACAAGCUUGCAAAGAUGUUCCCGAAAACACUCCCGAUCUCUCUGACAAGAUUGUGCUGGUGCGUCGAGGAGGAUGUGAUCUCCUGGAAAAGGAGUCUGCUCUUAUGCCGUACAAUGCCACCUACGUCAUGUUUUAUAACAAUGAAGAGGCGACCCAGGAUCCUUUGAGCUGGUUGAGCAAGCCAAAGUCUCUCGUAGACGCUAAGGUCGGGGAGGCGAUCAUCGAGACUAUCAAGGCCGGCGGCAACGUCACUGCAGAUUUCAGCAAGUUCACCGAUCCUGACUACUAUGUCGGUAUGCACAACUCAGUCGGACUUUACCCCAACCAGUUUACCUCCUGGGGAGGUCUUUACAACUUGGAGUUGAAACCCGAUGUUGCCGCUCCUGGGGGUCGCAUCCUAAGCCCUGUCCCAGGAAACAGAUGGGCCGUCCUCUCUGGAACAUCAAUGUCGUGCCCGUAUGUCGCUGGUAUUGCGGCGUUGUAUAUCGGAAAGUAUGGCGGCCGCAAAGUUCACGGUCGCGGCUUUGGCAAGAUGCUCAACCGUCGCAUCAUCUCUAGUGGUGCGAGUAUGCCCUGGUCAAUCGCCGACAGCAACAAGCCACUGGACACCGGUUUCUGGGCCCCAACUAUCCAAGUCGGCUCAGGUAUAGUCAAUGCGUGGAAGGUUCUGAGCUACAAGACUGGCCUUACUUUUGACAAGUUUGCACUGAACGACACGGAGCACUUCAACAAAGUACAAACGGUCGAGAUCGCUAAUAAUGCGGACGUUGAGGUAGAGUACCACUUUGCCCUUCAGCCGGCAGCUGGAAUCGAAGCCAAGACCCCGUCGACGCCCUUUUUGAAUGUUCUUGCCGACCUCAAGCCUUUAAAGAUGGUCCCUUCUGUUGAGCUUCCUUCUGGCACCUUCAAGUUGAAGCCGGGCGAGGCUAGAAAAGCAGAGUUCAUCUUCGACUAUCCACAAGGUCUGGACCAGACGCGACAACCACUCUUCAGUGGAAAGAUUCUUAUCUCAUCGAGUCUGGGUGAAGAGCUCGCUGUUCCUUACUUUGGCGCAGCUUUUAGCCUCAAUGAGCAAUACGAUACACUGCUGGAACCUGGCACGGUGUCCAUGCACUCGGGCACUCCUUCUCUAGAUGUUGACCAGAAACCAAACGUAACGUUCGACCUUGGUAGAUAUGUUCAUGACUACUUUCGUGUCUAUGCAACUUUCAGAUACGGAUGCAGCGAGCUUCGCUGGGACAUUUUUGAACCUGGUUUCGAGGAGAGCCAAUGGAAAUACCCCCCGGUCGUCGGCAAAGACGGCUAUGUGGGCUCGGCUACCAACUUCAUCUAUGCCGAUUCACUCGGCUACUAUAGCGAGGACAUCCAUACUCCAGAUGAUGUCGUGCCGUUUCCCAUUCAUGUCGUAACUCGCAACACCAAGACCAGUUUCCCUCGGCAUACAUACAUAUGGCUGGGCAAGCUUGCAAAUGAUUCCAACAUUGCACCUGGACAAUACCAAAUGCGCUUUGCAGCGCUCAAGCCUUUCGGCGUUCCCCAGGAAGCAAACGAUUGGGAUGUCUUCAAGACUCCUGUCAUUACUGUUCUUCCGAAGCCAACUGCUUAA